AUGCGUCCAGAAAAACCCAUCGUGACGCAGGCCUCAGAUUACGGACUUAUACUGACAACAGAAAUACCACACCUAAAACACGGCAGUGCCAUCUUUGCUAUACCGGAGUACAUAAGUGUUUUAUCUUCUUCUUCCAUCUAUCGGGGUGGUAUGGAGAUCGCUACCGUGGACGUCGUCACUUGUACAGACACAUCAGUCUACAAACCACCUAUGCAACCAUUCCUGUCAUGGGAUGCCCUCGACUCUAACGAUGAGCGCGCCAGAUUAGUGGUCGGCGAGCCCUCUGGACAGCGUCGUUUGUUGUGGCUGUGCCGGUGUCCGCCGCCAGAAACACACUGCCCCCGGCCACCAAGAACCAUGGCCUACAUGGAAGGUGCUAAACAGUCUCAGGUUGGACGCUGCAGAUAUAAUAUGGUAAGAUGGGGACUGCUUCGCGACAACACAGAUCAAUGCGUGUGCAUGACCGCACCACAAACUAUGGCUCACCUGCUUGCAUGCCCCGCAUGCGCGUUUUCUUGUUCCGAGCGUGAUUUGAGGGACGCGGAGGCCAGAUCUAUUGAUAUCGCUUACUGGGCAGCACCUUUAUAA